UCUGUUAACUCUUUGAUUGUCAGGAGUUGUGCAACGUGUGGUGUGGCUCGAUAAAUACCGAAGUGCAUUUGAAACUCUUUGUCUGUUUAGAAUCAUUUUAAUUCAUUCAAAAAGUUGUAAUCUGAGAAUACUUUACAAUGUCCAAAACUACUGAUAGUAUAUCGUCAACGUGUGUCCUCUGCUGUCAAGACGCAAAGCUGUUUGCCAUAGGCCCUUGUGAUCAUCCGAUUUGCACCAAAUGUUCGACACGAAUGAGGGUUCUCUGCGAGCAAAAGUACUGCUCCGUUUGUCGAAACGAAAUGGGGACGGUGUUGUUUGUCAAGAAGGUGCACCCUUAUGCAAGUAUAAUUAGCCAUAAAUUCCUGUCCAAUAAAAAAGCUGGAAUCCGUUUUGCUUCUGGGUGGAUGAAGAGCGAGUUUGAAGACUACCUCAGUCAUAAGUGUCCUAAAUGCCCGAAGGAUGUAAACCAGUUUAAAUCACUCAAACUCCUGGAAGAACACAUGCGGCGGAACCAUGAACUUUUUUACUGUAACCUUUGCGUAGACAACGUCAAGACAGAUUCUAAAGCAUCAGACAUUGAUUCUGAUUCAACAAGAACUAGAAUGCCACCAGGUUUUCCACUACAGGCAACUGAUUCGAUUCCUAAAAGAUAUCCACCAGGAUUGUCACUGCCAACAACAAUCCCACCUCCAGGAUUUGAUAAGGGAUCAACUUUUAACCCACCCCCAAGAUUCUCAGUUGCCUCUGUGUUUGUCGAGCCUAGUAACUUUAAACAAAGAAAUAUGGAUCUAAUUGAUAAAAUUCGAACACAUUUAAACUACGACGUUGAUGGAUUCAAUAAAUUCAAAAGAUUGUCAGGUCAGUUCCGUCAGGGGAACCUGUCUGGCAAGGACUACUAUGAAAACUGCAGUGGGCUACUUGGUAAAGACAACUUCCAAAAUAUAUUCCCAGAUUUAGUCUCCCUUCUACCUGAUACCGAAAAACAGCAAGAAUUAUUAUUAGUAAAUAAUGACUAUAAGAUUCUUGCAAAAAAUACAGGGGAAAAGGUGUUGUCAAUCAAGAAGAAAGGGUCAUCGGUAUGGAGUGGUCAGGGACAGAAUGAGAACACAAUGUGCAAUAGCUGUGGCCAAGUCUUGUUACAGAAGGAUUUGAGUUCCCAUAUGGACAUUUGUAGCAAAAACACUGACUUUCCAUCCUUAGCUGCUGCAUCUGCUUCCUCAGCACCUAGACAAACAGCUACUGCUUGGGGCCGUGUUAAAUGAUGUUAUGUUAUUAUAACAUUUACUGUAUUUGUUUGAAACAAUGUCAUACGACGCAGCCCUCUAUGAUUUUUUGUCUUGUUGAGUCUGUGGCACAAACACAGACAUGAAAGGUCUGUAUUUGAGACACUUGUGUUAUAGAUUAUUAUACUAAAAAUGUUUAAUAUAAUAAUUCUAAACCUAAAGACUAUGCCCUGAUGAUCAGGCUAAUUUGUACAUUGCUGACUGAAUUGUCAUUUACACAAUUGUACAGCAGGCCACUGUAUGUUACAGCUGUUUACAAAGAAUUAAACAGCAAAUAAAUAAGUUUGUUGAAAUGUAAACCUUUUGCUUCUCAUGAUUGGCAGAUUCGGAUUUUUAACUGUUAAGGCCAACUCAUAAAGCGUCAAAGCUGCCCGACGCAAUUUAUCGCAGAGGACAGUUGUUAGGUCAUGAGAAUAUUAAACAUGUUGAAUAUUGUACGACGCGACUAACCCAGACGCAGAGCCUUCUCGUACAGACCCGAUGCAACAACAAAUUUUGUUGAAUUCAAUUUUAAUUCCACUUUUUAUUUUCUUUUUUUCCAAAAUUGUUAAGAAUUCAGAUCAGCAAAGACUGAGGCUCGUUCAAACUAUCAGUUUUUGUUUAAAUCUUUUUGUGUUUUGAUAUCGAAAAAAAAUUGAGAAAAGUAGUCACCUCGUUGGAUACUAUUUAAGAACUUCUUCACUAGUAUAAUAUAAAGCCAGGCAUUCACAAUGCAUCUGACGUCCGUCAGCUGACGCGAUUCUAUGGAUUCUAAUUUAAUUCGUGUGAAAUCAUUGGAAAAAACUACAGUAUCUUAUUGUUAUACCCAGCAUGCAUUUUGUUAAGCUGUGAAUGAUGUCAAUUAGUGUUGUUGAUGUCAAUGUAUAAGAAACCACAAGAAGUUAUUCAAACAUUUAUUAACAGAAUAGAUUGCAGGGGUGGCGCCAGCGGUGGGCAUAUAUAGAUAGCGGUGAGAGCUGGCCCCAGCCCCCCCCCCCCCCAUGUUGGGG